AUGCCCUCAAUCACCGCCAUAACAAUCUUCAUCUUCGGCCUCAGCGCAUUCAACCACGGCGUCAGCAAUCUCAUCUCCCCUCGCAAGGCUCUCGCCGCAAAACAACUCCAAGACUCAGCCCUCCCCGCCCUCAACGGCUUUUCAGUCGCCAUCAUCGGCAUCGGCAUCUACUACAUGCUGGCUGCCUAUCAAGAGAACCGUGGUUUCUUUACCCUCACCCUAGCACGAUUCAUUUCAGCAAGAAUCUUUUGGGUGCAAGGACCUGCUUGGAGAACAAUUGCGACGUGGGAGGCAUUCUCAGCUGGUCUCACAGCUGUCGCUCUGGCUUAUGAGGGCUAUUAUGGAAGAUACGCAGGAUGGCCGAAUGAACCUCUCUUUUUGACCAUGGGACUACAAAUUAUUCCUGUCGAGAUUCGACAAACCAUCUUCGCGCACGUCAUCACAGCGCCAGUCGUGCCAAUCAAUCCCUCAGAGAGCCAAGACGGCCGAACAGAAUCCCGCCGAGGAGUCUGGAAACUGCCGCCCAAGAAUAAGGCCCUGGGCUUGUUACUCGUCUGCAAGCAAUUCCACGCUGAAGUACAAGAUGUUCUCAGUCGCUUGCCCAACAGCUAUCACGUCGACAUCAUGUUUGUCAAGAACUAUGGCCUCUGGACGACAUGGGAUAUUCCGAAGCUCCCAGCCUCAAGAUACAUCGACAAAGUCACAGCGACAAUGCGCAUUUUUGAACCUACCGACCACCUCGAUGAUCGUUUCAAAAGAAGUCUGAGUUUUCGACGUGGCGAUGGAGGACCCGAGGGCGCCGUUUGGGGGUUUUACCAGCUCCUCACAGAUCUAAUCAGCGAAGGCCCCGGUUGUAUCGGCUCUCAACAUAUUGGUAAUCGCUGCUACAUCAUAAACAAAAUCGACGUCAACGUUGUAGCUCCAACGGACGGGGCCGAUCAUACAAGGCUCGAUGGAUUGGACAGGGACAGACGAGGUCGACUGCGCCUCAGCGCCUUCUCUUCUGGCGUAGAUGACGAUGAGCCGCCAGAAGGGAAGCUUGCUCACUACAUGACCAGAAAUCUUAGGUGGGUAUUGGGGGCAAGCCGUUAUACCAUUGAACAUUGUUUGGUCCUCCACGAACAUAUUACUGAAAGCAUUAAUUUUCGGGUCAACGGUGAAGAGUUGGAAACAUUUGUCAUGGAUGAGAGAUUGAAAGCGUGUGAUGUUGCGAAGUGGACAUACGAUGACAGUUUCCGAGACCGCAAUGCGACCAAGGCAACGAGGUGGAUAGAAUGGGUUGUUCAGAGGCGAGAGAGGAUGAAGAAGGGUCUUGAGCUGAAUGACAACGGGCCUAAAACUCUUCUGUUCUAGGGGAGUGAUCGGGAAGCUAUUACGGAAAGGGAGUUUAAUCGAAACUUACGACAGUCGUCAUUGCUGAAUUAUGUGUGCCAUCUUACAAUACAUGACCAUUCUCAACACAGGAAAUAUUCUGUCUCACAGCUGAAGUGUUUCAAGGAUAGGCCGUGUCGAAAUUUGUCAAAAUUCCAAUUAUAUCCAAGAAUAUAUCUAGUUGAC